GUUUUUUAUGUAACCGAUCUAUAUUUUGACCUUUCGUCUGUCGCUGUCAAAAAAAAACAACAACUGGGACUGUUGCAGUCCUAUCUUAUGAACUUAAGUCAUUUGUUUGUGAGAACUCUAAGUUCUUCAAUACGUAACAUUAUUAGGAUGUCAAGUUCUGGAGGAGAAACUGCAGUAGAGAAGUCAUUUCAGGAAAGAUUUUUCAAGGGUGCUGCAGCUGGGAUAUUAGAUGAUGUAAAGAUUUUCCUAAAAGGAACAGUAGAUGUAAACAUGAAAAAUGAUCGAGGCUGGACGGCUCUUAUGUUUGCUGCUAGAAAUGGUCAUACCAAUGUUGUCAAAGAACUAUUACAUAAUAAUGUUGAUUUGAAUAUAAUUAACAGUACCGGUCAGACAGCUCUGGACAUUGCCCUGUUCUGGAACCAUGCAGAUGUUGCUAAGUUACUGCAGUCAGGGACGAAGGAUGUUAACCCAGACAUCAAUCUUAGGAACUAUUUCUCUCUUAAUUUACUGAAUCGUUGCUCAGAUAAAAGAAAGGAUAAAACAUGGCUUCGUAAUAAGAUUUUAGCUGAAAAUACCAGAUUCAUUUUGUUUCAUAAUUUGGGGGUUUUAUGUGUAACUCUGGGGCAUAGAAAGGACAGAUGGAAGUUUGAGCUUGCUCGAGUCGAGAUGAAAGAUAUAGAGCAACAUAUGGCCAGUAAUCCUGUAUGUAUUUUCCUUGGACUUGCUCAAGAGAAUCGUCAUGUACCACUGACAUUUGAAGAACCAGGACUUUUUGCUGUCGACAUGAGUGCAAUGGAAGAGUCUAAAGUACUGUCGCUGGUUCCUGGCAGUCAGUUGAUGCCAGGGUAUCCAGCCGUGAUGCAGCUACUGCCGUCGGAAGCUGGCAUUUUUGCUGAAGCAAGAUCUAUGUUAGCCUGGCAUGAUCGGUACCAGUAUUGUCCUACCUGUGGCUCAGCUUCACGGUUAGAAGAAGGAGGGUACAAACGUGUGUGCGAAAACAUGGAAUGCCGUAGUCAUAAAGGAGUUCACAACACAUGUUACCCUAGGACAGAUCCGUCUGCUAUUAUGCUGGUUAUCUCCCCUGAUGGAAAGAGAUGCUUACUGGGUAGAGCUAAAAGAUUUCCUGCUAAAAUGUAUUCUUGCCUAGCUGGGUUUAUGGAACCAGGGGAGACUAUAGAGGACACAGUGAGACGUGAGGUGGAAGAGGAGAGUGGUGUUAUAGUGGACAAAGUGGAGUAUCAUUCCAGCCAGCCAUGGCCUUUCCCAGCUUCUCUCAUGCUGGGCUGUAUAGCUUAUGCAACCACAGAGACUAUCAAGUUGGACCAGGAUGAGAUGGAAGAUGCCCGCUGGUUUUCCCGCCCCGAGGUUGUACAGAUGUUGACUCAUCAACACCCCCAGGGGCUAUUUGUACCACCAGAACAGGCUGUCGCACACCAGAUAAUCAAAACUUGGGUCCGAAGAACUGCUAACCUUUAGUUUAUGCUAGCUGUGAUAAUUACACAACGUAUAUAGAAACUUCAGGGAAUUAUACAGAUGUGGAUAUUCUUAAAUGUUAACUGAUGACAUUAUUUUUAAAGAAUAAAAUGUAUAAAAUCAAA